UGUCACUACCAUUGUAGUAUGUACUGUGUACGAUCAAGCGAUAAAGGAAGAGCAGAGUGAGAGUAGAUAAUAUGUUCAUUCUAUUAUUUAUUCUUCGUUGUUGAUAUAUUUUUAUUAUCUACAAAUUUAUUAUGAAAAUGAGUAAUCAAUUUUUCAAAUAAACAGUUUGUAAAUUUGAUACAAUAUAUUGAAGUUAAUUAAUGUAAAGUAAUUGACAAAUAUUAAUAUUACAACUAUAUAUUAUUAUAACAUUUAUUAAUUAUAAUAUAGCAAAAUGGCACCAGUGCCUUUAGAGGGUCAUCAAACACCUGUAACUAAUAAUAUUCCACAAGAAGGAAAUCGUGGUGGUUCUAUUUCCCUUGGCAUGCUUAUUGAUUUCAUUAUACAACGUACUUAUCAUGAACUUACAGUUUUAGCUGAAUUAUUACCUCGAAAAACUGAUAUGGAACGCAAAAUAGAAAUUUACAACUUUUCAGCUAGAACUAGACAGUUAUAUGUACGUUUAUUAGCAUUGGUUAAAUGGGCUAAUAGUGCUUCCAAAGUUGAUAAAUCUGCACAUAUAAUGGCAUUCUUAGACAAGCAAUCACUUCUUUUCGUUGAUACAGCUGAUAUGCUUGCAAGAAUGGCCCGUGAGACAUUAGUACAUGCAAGAUUACCUAAUUUUCAUAUUCCUGCUGCAGUGGAAGUUCUUACGACUGGAACAUAUAGUCGUUUACCAGCAUGCAUAAGAGAAAGAAUUGUUCCUCCUGAUCCAAUUACACCAGCAGAAAAAAGAAGUACACUUCAGAGAUUGAAUCAAGUUAUUCAACAUAGAUUAGUUACUGGAAAUCUGCUUCCACAAAUGCGUAAUUUAAAAAUUGAAGCAGGAAGAGUAACAUUUCUUGUAGAACAAGAAUUUUCAGUAUCACUUACAGUAAUGGGAGAUGGUCCAACAGUACCUUGGAGAUUAUUAGAAUUGGAAAUCUUAGUUUCAGAUAGAGAAACAGGAGAUGGAAAAGCUUUGGUGCAUCCAUUGCAAACUCGUUAUGUGCAUCAAGUGGUGCAAUCAAGAUUAGCAGAAAGUUCAAAUCCAUUAUCAGAAGUUUAUCAUAUUUUACAUUAUUUUUGUCAAUCACUACAAUUAGAAGUACUUUAUUCUCAAACAUUACGGUUAAUACGAGAUAGAUUGGAUGAUCAUAUUCAUGUGGAUGAAUAUACACCAGGAAAAUGUCUUUCAGUCUCAUAUUGGAGAGAAUUGACUAAUAAAGAUCCUCGAUCAGAAUUGGGCUAUAAAUUAACAGUGCAGGUGGACCAACAUGACCCUGCAAGACCUCUUGCAAUAGUACAUAUUCCAUCUUUAGGUAGCAAAGAAAGUGAAAUAGCAGACAGAGCAAUUAGGUCAGAUCAAUUAUCAAUGGAAUGUUUAUUAGUGCAUACAAUAUAUGUACGUACUAGAAGUAGAUUAUUAGAUUUAAAGCAAGAAUUGCAAACGAUGUUGAAAGAUGUUGAAUGUACUCUAGCUGGUUCACCUGCAAUUCUCUCUGUUCCAAUUUUGCAACCUUGUUUAAGAGCAGAACACUUAUUAGUUACUGUUGAUACACAUACUGGAAUGUUGCAAUGUCAUGUACCUCAAUAUGAAGUUCCGUUGAUUCCAGAAUUAACUACUGCUUUAAAUGGCGAUCAUUCUCGCCUUCCGACUUUAAUAUCAGAACUUAGAUUUUGGAUAACACAAAGACGAUGUGAAAAAACAUUACAACAUCUUCCAGCAACUUCUCAUGAACGUUUACCAGUUCUUCUUCAUCCUGAUCAUCCAAUAUCAAAAAUUAGUAGACAUCGGAUGUUUAUUCAACUUCAUCGACAUCCUACAGUUAUUUUAAUAGUGGCAUUUAAAGAGAAAGAAACUUCACCAUGUGAAAUUGAAUGUUCAUUUUAUCUUGCUGUAGUAAAGCAUAGUUCUAUAGAGGAUGAUCCCCAUGAUGAUAGUAUUGAAACAGAAAUUCCAAAAAUGUAUUUAAAAGUUCAAAGUUUAAUUGAAUUUGAUACUUUUGUCAUAACUCAUGGACCUUUUACCAGUGUUGACAAUGAAACUCCUGAAACAAGUAGUUUAAAACGAAGAAGUACAGGACCUAGUGGAAGAUCUGAUAGCAGUGCUACAUUGCAAAACAGAAGGUCUAAGCAACCUGCAUAUUUUAUUCCUGAGUUAGCACAUGUGGUUGCACUUUGCGAUGAAAGGAUACCUUUUGUAACAUUAGCACAAGAAUUGACUAGAAGAGAUAUAGCUCAUCAAGGGCUCCAAGUAGAAGCAAAUGCUACUGCAUUAGUUUUAAAACUAGUUCAAUUACCUGCUCCUUCUGCAGGAAUAAAUACUAGUUGUGCCUGGUAUGCUCUUCUUAAAAGAUUACUCAGUGUUUCAAUUAGAGUUCAAGGUAAAGGUAUGGCUAAAACAUGGAUGGCUGAAUUUGUAUUUUAUGGUAGCCCAUUAUCUAGUAGCCAUCCAAAAGAACAAGGAUUGCGAAGACCAGUGUAUUUCCAAUAUGAAAUGGGAACAGCAGAUACUAUUUCGCGUACAGUAGAUGCAAUACUUAAUGAUUGGGCUCAAAUUGUACAUCUUUAUUUAAUUGUACAUGAUUUAGCAGAAUAUUUUAAAAUGGAAAAAUAUAAUCUGCGCAAUAUGGUUACUAUAAAAUUAUAUAAUUAUAGUAAGUUAGUUUUAACUUAUGGUCCUAAUCGUGGAGCUACUGUUACUGUGCAAUGGAGCACCAAUGACAAAGCAUUUAAAUUGAUAUUUGGAAAAAGUCCAACUAGUACUAUUACUAAUGCUCAUUCAAUUAUGAAAGAACAAUUGGAAGCUCAUUUAAAUAGACACAGAAAUUUAGCUCAACUUAUACAUAUUCUUCAUGAAACACUUCAACCUCUUACAUCAAUUAGCAAAUUGCCUAUAAUUCCACAACUUUGUGUUUAUAAUUCGAGACCUCAAGUGCCAGUACAAACUUUCACUAUUAUGCCACAAUGUGUAACUCUAGUCAGAAUUGCAUAUCAGGGUAUGUAUUGUUUAGAACUUCGUCUACGAGGAAGUGGUUUAGUGAGCUUACGGGAUGGAGCUUAUAGCCGUUUUGAUAGAAGUUACGUUGUAGAUGAAUUUACUCCUACACAAGGUCUUAAGGCUUUUUUAUCUAAAUAUGUGGAUGAAAGUGCAGUUUCUCGUAGAAGAUCUCAAUCAGAGGAUGAUAAUCCUCCUUCUCCUGUAACAAUGGAUAGCGAUGGAGGUAGUGGAAGUGGAAAUGUAGGUUUUUUAAGUCAUCAUAGAAGUGGACCUCAGUCACCUGCACAACAGAGAGAUGGAUUAAGGUUUCAUCCACCUUUGACUCCACCUUCUGGUAGUAAUCCUCAUACUCCAGCUAGUCCACAUACUGCUAAUAUAUCACAGACAAAUCAACAUCAAAGUUUUGGAAGUAGUCCAGCCACUUCUUUCAAUUUGGCUUCACCACCAUCAUUACCACCAAAUACACCUAAUAUGUUACCACAUCCUUCACCAGGCUCUGGUUUAGUUGCUAACAGUCCUUUAAAUCCAAUGCAUGUUCCUAGUCCAGCUGGAUUAAUGCCAACAUCUUCACCAGGACCAUGUAGUAAUGUUCAAGUGGGACAUUCUCCUGCAGGAUCUUUUAUGCAAACUGGACACAUAGAUGGAAGUCCAUUUCCAUCUUCACAAAGUAUGGCUUCUCCAGCAGCCUCUAAUUGGCCAGGAUCACCUAGUGUGCCUAGACCAUCCCCAGCACGUCCUACACAAAGUCCGGGACAUGCACUGCAUAGUCCUCAAGCCUCUGAUCAUAAAACAGGGACUCAUAUUUCAAGAGUACUUCCACAACGUUCUUGGGCAGGUGCUGUACCUACACUUUUAACUCACGAAGCUUUAGAAUUGCUCUGUUGUCCUUCUCCACACCCUUCUGGACUUCCUGGGCCUGAUCUUUCACCGCUUGAAAGAUUUUUAGGAUGCAUUUAUAUGCGCAGACAAUUCCAACGAUUCAUACAAACUGAUGAAUGUUUAACAGCAGUAAAUAGUACAGAACCAGGAGUUGUACAUUUCAAGGUAGAAAGUUUACAAUGUCGAGUUGGCUUAAAUCCACAACAUUUACAAUCUCUUCAUAUAAAAGUACAACCUCUUCCAGAUCAUAAAGAUCAAUGGACACUUGAAGAAUUACAAAUCAUAGAAAAAUUUUUUGAUACAAGAGCAGCAAUACCACCAUAUAAACCAAACACACUCUCUGGUUUUGGUAGAAUGUUAAAUGUUCCAUUUAAUGUGUUGAAAGAUUUUGUACAAAUUAUGAAAUUAGAAUUAGUACCUGGGUUAGCACAACAACAACAACUUAAAUGGAAUGUACAAUGGUGUUUAAGAAUUCCUCCUUCUGGAACUCCAAUUGUACCUACUGGCAUGGCUGCUAUACUAGUUUGCAGAAAUAAAAUUCUUUUUUUUUUGCAAAUAACAAGAAUUGGAUUACCAUAUCAAGGAGAAACACCAUCACUUGUUUUACCCCUAGUUUAUGAUGUUAGUACAAACCUAACACAGUUAGCAGAAAAAAGGGAUCCAAGUCCAGCUUCUGCAAUGGCAGCAGCAUCCUUACAAUUAAAAAGAUUUGCUGAAUAUGGUGCAAAUCAGUCUGAGUGUUCUCUCUUUCCUGCAGUUAGGGAUUUACUUGCCAAUUUGACUCUUCCUUCAGAUCCUCCAGUCAUGUCUCAGGUUCCACCAGCUGGUGGAACACCAACACAACAGAUUCAAAGUCCUGCAAUGCAAUUACAUUCUCCUAUGGCUGGAAAUCAAGGUCCUCCACAGGCACCAUAUGGAAUUCAAGGUAUGCCUCCAAUGGGCAUAAUGGGUGGACCACCUCAAUAGGACAUGCUUUACUCUCCUAACCCACUCAAUUUACCGAAUCAGUCGACUUGGAUCAACUGAAACGUAUUGUAAUAUCUAUUUUAAGAAUAUAUAGUGGGGAAUUGUAGGAGAGUUAUUUCAUCAAGAAAAUUUGUUUUUUAAAAAUUCAUACUGUAAUAUUAUUUGUAAAAAGAAACUAUAAUCAAAAAAUAUUGUUCAUACAAAUUUAUAUAAUUCAUACAUUAUAGAUAUUGAUUCUUAGAUUAGUUCUUAGAUUUAAGGAUAGAUGGACCAAAUUUCAUUUUAAAAUAAUUUAUUAAAUUAUUGCAAUAUUUACUUUCAAUAAAUUCCAUCUAUCUUUUAAUAAUUUUGUAUUUUUACAUAUCUAUGUAUUGCUAUACUCAGGAUUUCAAUUGCAAAGAAAGUUAUAUUUUCAAUUUUUUAUCUAUAGUACAAAUCUCAUGAUAUUGAAGUAUAAACUAUGAAAAUAUUAAUUAUUUAUAAUGUUUUGUAUUCUGUAAAGAAUUCAAUUAUUAAGUUUUUUUCAAUCAAUCAAUUGACAUUUUUUAAUUUAGUAAAAUGUAAAAAAAAUAAUUAUGACAACUAAAAUAUUCUUUUCAUUACAAAACAGUGACUGUGAUACUAGUACAGAUAUAAAGUAAAUUUUACGAAUAGAUUAUAGAAUAAUAAUUUAAAAUUAUUCAUAUAAUAAAUAUAAUUCUUACAUAUAAUUUAAAUUUAUAUUAUCCUUUAUAAAACAUAUUAUAUUGUGUAUGCAAGUAUCUCUUUAAUAAUAAUAUAAUAAGAGCAUUUCAAGUGCUAUUAAAAAUAUACAAAUUUUAAUAUUGUGACUAUAUGAUUAGACAUUUUUAAUAAUAAUAAUAUUUUUUUUUUCAUUUGUUUUAAAAAAUUAAUGUAUUUAUUACUGAAUACUAUAUUUAUUUUUAAACAUUUAUUAUUAAAACAAAAUUUAUUAAUCUAUAUUGAUUUUAUAAUAUAAUCUGAUAUUGAUUUUAUAACAAUAUGAUUUUUAUAACAGUAUUUAAAAUAUACAAUUUCAUUAUUUUUAAAAAAAAAUUAAAAUAAUUAUUCUUUAUGUGCAAAAAAUAUUCACAACAUAUUCACAAAUUAUUAAAUUUUUAAAAAUAAUACUUUAUUAAUUAUUUUAUUAAAGGUACUUUAGAAUUAUUUUAAAUAAUAUUGAAGAAAUAUAUAUUCUUAUAUUCUAUAUAAUUAUAAAAAAAAUCAUUUAUUUAAGAUUUUAAAUUUUAAAUUUAUUUAUGAAAUAAAUUAUCUAUCUAUCUAUUUUCUAAAAUAAAUAUAAUUUCUAUAUCAUUAUGGAAUUUUAUAAGAACAAUUGUAAGAUAAUUUCUUCUUUGAUUAUUUUACUAUUUGUUUAAUAAUGAUAUGAAAUAUAUGAAAUAUUUUCACUGAUAAAAUAUUUUUUAUUUUAUAAUUUAUAUUUUAUAAUUUUUUUUUAUAAUUAGAAGGAGUUUUAUAAUUAGAGGAAAAAAAUUAUCAAGUUUACAAAGAAUACAAAAUCUUUAUCACGAUUCUUGUACAUUAUAAAACAAUGUAAAAUGUACAUUAUAAAACAUUACAAAUUUUUAUUAUACAUUUUAAUUAUCUUAAGAGGAAGAUUAUGUGUCGACUAUACACAUUAAUGUAUAUAUAAUAUAGUAUAUAUAAUAUAACUUAAUAAAAUAAUAUAAUGUAGUAUUUUGUAUUAAUUAGUUUAAAUAUAUGUAUAUACAAAGUAGUUCAACGCAA